UCUGUCUCCUUUGCUGCUUACUUGGUGGUAAGUUAUGUGUCUGUCCUCCAGUUGUGUAGCAGUCUAUCUUAAAUCUGGUCAUGCACUCCACUGAAUACUUUGGGUCUCCUCCUGAACAAUACAGGGAAGUAAUUCAGCAUGCCAGUGGUUUGCUCUGUUGCAUUUCGUAUGGUAAUGGGGUUGUCAACUGUGUAUGAAUUGUAUACCAGCGUUGUCAUCAUGUCAUAGGUAAGUAUCCCAUGCUGGCUACUGGCUACCUUUUGAAAUCCUAUAAUGCUCAGAUGUAGCUUGUGCAGUGGACUACAAUGGAAAGAGGGCAAUACCAACCUCUCAAGUUCCAUGAGUUGAUUAUUUAUGGUCAACCACACGCUAUAUGUUCAGGAGUGUUUCUUUUGAGUGCCAGCACAUAAAUGGUGUACCGUGCCCACAAUGCUACAUCUGUGAUCAGAGACAUUCUGCUCCACAGCAAAACCAGUAAUUCUGGCAAAAUCAUGAGCCACCUCUGUCAACUGAACUCUAGUAACAGUGAAUGAAAUGUAGUUCCUGUGAAUCCUGUCCUCCCUUUCGCAAGAGAACAGCAAACUAAAUGUUGCAAACACCACUCUCCUAUUGACUUUUGCAAUGGUGCAAAGUACCAAACUGUUGUAUAAUCGCAGAAAUCACUAAUAACAAAUAAAUUUAGCAACAACUAACCAGCGACUAGUUAAUAAUCCCUUCCAAAAAUCCUGGUUGGUAUCCUUUCUGCUGUGUUCAUCUCAGAAGCUGGGAGGGUGCUAUUCGAUACACUGAAAGUACGAUGACAGUAAUGGCAUAAAUUCAGCCUGGCAUUUGCUACUUUGUUGACUGAAUGUUUUAAUCUACCUUGCCUAUUAAUGUCAUCUGUGCCAAUUGCCAUGGCUGCUGAGGGAGAGACCACAACACUUGCAAAACUUCUGCAGCUGAUUUUCCUGUCCACAUUCUGGGGGAUGCAGAUAUGGGUGACAUUUAUAUCCGGUUUUAUCAUGGGCAGCAAUCUCACCAGACACACGUUUGGCUUCAUCCAGAGCAAACUCUUUCCAUCCUACUUUCACCUAGGGUGUGCCUGCGCAUUCUUUAACUUAAUCAUCUUUGCGCUGCAUCAUCCCAGUGAACGGUUAAACGAAGAGGAGACAUUUCAGAUUGUAAUUUUGUUCAUUUGUGUGGCUUUUGCUGCACUCAACGCUCAAUGGUUUGGGCAGAUAACCUCUGAAAUCAUGGCCGACAUGCAUCUGAUUGAAAAGAGUUGUGGGCUUGGUCAGGACAUCGGAAUAUCAACCAACAGAGAGGCCUACAACCAGCUGAAAGAGAGCAACCCCAAAUACAAGGCGUUUUCUAACCAACUUGCACUGUAUCACAAUGUCUCCUCUUCAUGUAAUCUGUGUUGUCUUAUUUGUAAUGGGAUAAGUUUGUACUACAUGGCAGCCAAUUUAUCCAGAUUAUAAAAAUGGUAAGAGUAAAAUACCCAAAGGAAUGGUGGCACAUAUGGAGAAGUUUUAUUUUUAAACCUGAACUUGAAAUGUAAAUCACUGCCUUGUUGACUGGGGGACAGCAAACCAAAUGGAUCUCUCCACCAUUAUUGUUUUAAGUAUCAACAGCACAACUACAGCAUGUAAAUAAAGAAGUGAAUCCAAAA